CCCGCGCGUCAAAGAAAUCAGCUGAGGGCUCGGAGUUUCACUCAGGAAAUCCAGGCUUCCAUCAUGUAUGGAUCAAGAGAAGUCGAUGCCAAUGGGCUGGCACAGACUAUUAGUUCAAACAUCCAGAGGAUAACGCUUCUAACUAAUGAAAUCCAGCAGUUGAUGAGACAUCUUGGAACGGCACAAGACACAAGUGACCUGCGACAGACAUUGCAGGAGAAGCAGCAGAGUGUCAAUCAACUUGCUAAAGUGACAGAUAAAUGCAUGAAAGAUUUCAGCUCUUUACCUGCGACCACAGAACAGAGGCAAAGAAAGAUCCAGCGAGAACGUCUCAUCACUGAAUUCUCCAACGUACUGGCCGUCUUCCAGAAAGCUCAGCGAGAGGUAGCAAAAAAAGAGAAGGAGUUUGUGGCUCGUGUUCGCGCAAGCUCCAGAGUUUCAGGUGGAGAUAUAGAUGAUGUGUUUGGAAGAGCUGCUCCAGCAUUCCAAAGUGAGUUCAGUGCUCAAGCUCAGAGCUAUGAGGAGAACAUCACAGAAGAAGAUCUGCGGCUCAUUCAGGAAAGAGAAUCUUCGAUCAGACAGCUGGAGUCGGACAUCACAGACAUUAAUGAAAUCUUCAGAGAUCUGGGCAUGAUGGUGCAUGAACAGGGAGACAUGAUUGACAGUAUAGAGGCCAACGUAUCAAACGCAGAAAUCAGUGUGCAGUCAGCCACAGAACAGCUGCAAAGAGCAGCAGGUCACCAGGUAUUUACAAACCACUGAUCAGCAUUUAUUCUUCCUCACAUU